AUUUGCAUAAAUUAGUGUAAUGAUAUAUAAUUUUACCGAAAGCCACCAAUCACAUUGUAGAAUUGUAGAAAUGRCUCAAAAUUUACAUAAAUUAUCCCUUAUAUGGUGAUGGUGAGCGAAAAGACGAGGGAGUAGAGAUUUUGGUACGCAUACAUAGRAAUACAAAAUGGCGGCAACGGGGAGUAGUAUGAAGAGCGCCGAAAAUGGAUUAAACAAUGCCAAACACACAUCAGUAGUAAUUUUGGACAGUGAUGAAGAAGAAGAACAAACAACAAGCGAACUUUUCCAAGGAUUUAUCACAGCUGUACAGCCGUUUUUAGAACGCAAGGAGAUUCUUCUACUUCGUGUUAAGUUCGCUGAGAUUCGCCCGGAAUAUGCAUCCUGCCCAAUGUUCCGCGAAUUGCUGCGUCGCAAAGCAAGUCAAGUGCAUAGAACUGAUGUUUACAUCCAUUUUAAUGAUGUAUUAAAGACGCUUAUCAGCAAUACAGCGUUAUAUGGAAGAAAUGCUGCGAAACAACAUCGAGACUACGAAUUGAAAAGUAUUAGUGAGUSCACUUCCGAUGCUAAAACAGAAUCAAACAGGGAAGACAAAAUCGCGACAGUGGCGGGUAAAUUUGAAACAGAUCGACAGGGCGCUUAUCAUUUAACAUCUAAACCAGAAACAUCAGCUCAAUCAGACGACUCAGGACAAAUAGAAGUCCAAAUUGUCGAUUUAGAUGAUCAACCAAGUUCGCAGRAAUUUGUUCCAAAACAUCCCAUURCCAAAAAGUCCAAAAAUCUGUCAGAGGAAGUCCAACAAGAUAAUAUUCGUAAACAAAACAGAAAGAAAAAAAUAAUGAAACUGGAAAGAAAACUGGAAUAUAUCUCGAAUGAAAUUAAGAGGCUUUCGCAGAGCGAGUUGAGUCUGGAGGAAAUGGAGCUAGCAGACAGUAACUACAUGAAAGAGUCCAGAUUGAAAGAGCAGUUCAACAAAAUUUGGGAAAAAAUCUGCAUGCUUAAAGAAAGACCGCCAGAUACUGGGAGAGUAGUGGAACAGGAAGUCAAAGUCAAAGGGACAAAUUUCCCAGCAAUUGACAAGGCUGUUAGAAAGUUUUUGAGGAAAAAGAGAGGAUUCCCAAACAUCUUUGAUAUYCGUAACAUUGUAAUCAGAGCAAACAAAAAGUGUGGAUUGGGACUGACUCCGAGUGUCGUGCAAGAAAUUGCAGCAGAUGUUUUUACCGAUAUUGGAAAUAAGAUACAAAAGAAGAGAAAGAAGGAYUAUGAAUAUAACUUUGGCUGUCAUUUGACUGACAACUGUCUUUCUAGUCUAGAUCCUGCUCUGAAUGAUAAUGACCUCAGGAGAAAGCUUGAUGAAAACAAGAAGGUUAGCCAAAGUGCGCUAGAGGGUAUUUUUCAAAAGUAUGUUCAUCUAGAUAGAAUWAAGGGACAAGAAAACAACGAUUCAACACCGUGUAACAGUGAUUAUGAAAGCAGUGAUGAUGAGACCUAUGUCAGAAAAAAGACCAAAAAAAGAAAGUCAGAUUCUUUGGAUUCUAGUGGCAGCGAUCUUGAGAAGAAAGCAAAAAGAAAUAAACGGCAAACUGCUACAGUCGRAUCCACCUCUGAAGUUAACGUCCCUGACAUCAAACCACAUCUAAUACCAACAUCUUGCAAUAACAAUUUAGUGAAGCCUUCAUGUUCUGGUUUGUCACAGAGCACAUUAAAUACAUCUAGACAUAAGAGCAUUGAAAGCAUUGAGAUUAUUGAUGAYGACGACGAGGAUCUCACUGUUGUAAGCAAUCAGGAGUGCAUCUCAGAAAACAAUAACAGUACAUGUCCAAGUAAUCCAUUAAAUCAUCCAAGGAGUAGUAGCAACACCAAUGAAUCAUCUAUAGAACUUCCAACUUGUAAYGRAUCUCUGAAUCAUAUUGAURACACAAAAAGUCUCUUAAAUACAAAUACGUCAACAUCAGUUCMUAAAAAGCCUAUGAGUGGCAUCAACAGAUCGGCGAAUCUUGAAAACCUUCCUGGAGAUUCUGGUGAACUUUUGAUUAAUUCAAAUCUUKCAAAUGGAAUUGAACAAGCAGUAAAUGAUAAUCAAAAUGCGGGAGCUGAAUUAUCUGUGACARGAGAURACWAUUUUGUUAUCAAUACAAUGCAAAGAGACCAACCACAGAACACAAAAACUGCAGAAAACUCUCUUGAAAUGUCUGAGUCUAGAACAUUAAGUUUGGACACUUCUCUGAAGAGAAAUAAUUCMAUUCCAACAAGCAAMGUAAAAUUGAACACUUCAAAACUUCAUCUCAAGAUACUUCAGUUGAGAGACAAAAAAUUGUCWGAUCUCAGUAAAACAUCAAACCCUAAAUCAAAAGAGGAGCCRAACUUAACAAGUUCUGUCAMUGAUUCUAGAUGCCAUAAAAGRAAAUCAUCAUCUCCACAUCAUAUUCAAGAUCAYGUUUAUGUAAAUGGCUGUAAUCCUUYGACAUCCAGUCAGCAAUCUGCARUGUCUGGUGGUAAAAAUGCUAUGAACGCCAGCGUCACUAAGACAAGCUCUAGCACUAGCUGUAAUCCUUCAACAUCCAGUCAACAGCCUGCAUUCUCUGAUGGUAAAAAUGCUAUGAAUGCUAAAGCUCCAGAGAACGCCAGUGUCACUAAGUCAAACUCUAGCACUAGCUGUAAUCCUUCAACAUCCAGUCAACAGCCUGCAUUCUCUGAUGGUAAAAAUGCUAUGAAUGCUAAAAAUGUAGCCACCGAAACACUUCCUUAUUGCAGUAGAUCUCCAUUGAACUCAGCUCAAAGUUUGGAGUCAAACAGYAGCAAAUGUCCAGUAGGMAAGGAUAAUAGUAAAAGGCSUUUGGCAGGAAAUUCACUACAUCCUAGAGAAUUGCCUGGAAAUGGUGCUGAAAGUGGAUGUCARCCAUCAMAUCCAAGUAAAACGAGCCCUAUUAUCAUACUAUCAGAUGACGAAGAUUAG